AUUUAAAUAAAUACCAUUUCUCAAAACCGGAUGUAGCGGAAUGCUCCGUUAGAUCUGCUGCAUUGAUUUUCCCGCCGAGUGGGUUUGAUUCUUGAUAUAUAAACUACCUAUGAGAAUGUUGCCAUACUAAUCUGUGCUUGCAUUGAUACCACGCACCUGACCAUAAAGAUGAAAGCCUUUCAUACUUCCGUGCUUAUUAUGUCCGUGUUCACCACAAUUUUUGCCGUUAAAGAACAUCCUAUUUCGGUGAGUGACACGGGGGAAGGAACAGCCUGUGAUACAGACAUGGAAGUGGCUAAUACGUGUCUUGCAUGUUCCCGUAUAAAUCGAGACAUUGCCGUUCGCAUUACUGAUUGCUGUACAGAACCAAAGGCAUACACCGUGUGUCAAAUAUGUACAAAAGAUCCAAGCGGUUGUCUUGAAGACGCAAGAAGUAUCUCAAGCGACGAAUACAUAGAUGAUGGAUCCUCCGAGGAGACUGAAGUAGACAAAAGAUAUGGUCGAAUGUUUAUGGGAGGUUGGUCGUAUCCAGGACGACAAGAUAAGCGUUAUGGUAAAAUGUUUGUCGGAGGAGGUUACCCUGGUCGAUCUAUCUUUGGAAAUCGUAUGAAUAAGAGGUUUGGGAGAGUAUUUUCGAAUGGAUAUGGGUACCCGUAUCGAUCUAGUACAAAGUUUGGGAAGCGAUUUGGAAGGCUCUUUACUUCACAGACCGGCGGAAACAAGCGUUAUGGGUCGUUGUUUCUAGGAAAGAGCAGGUGGUGAUCAUGUUUAUGUAUAUGCCUUGAUGUACAAUAUUUAGAACCUAUGUGUAAAAUAAUUGUAAAUAGACCCUUAGAGGAUACACAGGACUGUGUGCAAAUUUGAUACAUGUAAAUAACUAAUGUAUUUUUCUUAUUUUAAACUCACUACCAGAUUGAAUCGUGUGCAGACAAAAAAGAAUCUGCAAAAGUUUAUAUUUUAAAUUGGGAUACGCAUUUUUCUAGUGAAGUAUACUGUCUAAUGAUGAAAUAAAAAAAAAACUGGUUUCACUUGUA